AUGGACAAGGUCAAGGCAUUGCUACACGUCGGCUCCCAGCCCAACGCCGCCGCCCCUCCCGAACCCUCGCCCGAGGCCCUGUCCAACCUCAAGGCAAAGUACUCCGACGCCGGCCAGAGCCAUGUCUUUACCUUCUACGACUCUCUGAGCUCCCCUCAGCGGGGCCUCCUCUUCGACCAGCUCUCGCGCUUCGACCCGGCCCACAUCAACGACAUCGCCAAGCGCGCCCUCAGCACCCCCGAGUCAGACAAGUCCACCGAUACCCUCGAGCCCCUGCCCGAAUCUGCCACGGCGAGCAUCCUCGACUCGAGUGCCGCGGACAUCAGCAAGUGGUACAGCUCGGGCCUCGACCUCAUCGGCCAGAACAAGGUGGCCGUCGUCCUCAUGGCCGGCGGCCAGGGCACUCGCCUCGGGAGCUCCGCCCCAAAAGGCUGCUUCGACAUUGGCCUGCCCUCCCACAAGACCCUCUUCCAGAUCCAGGCCGAGCGGAUCCGCAAGGUCCAGGAGCUCGCCGCCAAAAAGGCCGGCCCCCCCUCGGCCGUCGUGCCCUGGUACGUCAUGACCAGCGGCCCUACUCGCGGGCCCACGCAAAAGUUCUUCGAGGAUCACAGCUACUUUGGCCUCGACUCUGCCAACGUAAGCAUCUUCGAGCAGGGUGUUCUGCCCUGCAUCUCCAACGACGGCAAGAUCCUGCUUGAGGACAAGUCCAAGGUAGCCGUAGCUCCCGACGGCAACGGCGGCAUCUACCAAGCCCUCGUCGUCUCGGGCGUUCUCGACGACAUGCGCAAGCGCGGCAUCCAGCACAUCCACGCCUACUGCGUCGACAACUGCCUCGUCAAGGUCGCCGACCCCGUCUUCAUCGGCUUCUCGGCCUCCCUCGACGUCGACAUUGCCACAAAGGUCGUCCGCAAGCGCAAUGCCACCGAGCCUGUCGGCCUGAUCCUCUCCAAGAACGGCAAGCCCGAUGUUGUCGAGUACUCGGAGAUUGACAAGGCCACUGCCGAGGCCCAGGACCCCAAGCAGGCCGGCCUCCUCAAGUUCCGCGCCGCCAACAUCGUCAACCACUACUACUCGUUCCGCUUCCUCGAGUCCAUCCCCCAAUGGGCCCACAAGCUGCCGCACCACGUCGCCCACAAGAAGAUCCCCGCGACGGACCUCAAGACUGGCGAGACCGUCAAGCCCGAGUCUCCCAACGGCAUCAAGCUCGAGCAGUUCGUCUUCGACGUCUUUCCCUUCGUGUCCCUCGACAAGUUCGCCUGCAUGGAAGUGCGCCGCGAGGACGAGUUCUCGCCUCUCAAGAAUGCCCGGGGCAAGGGCGAGGAUGACGCCGAUACCAGCAAGCGCGACAUCAUGGAGCAGGGCAAGCGUUGGGCGCAGGAAGCCGGCGCCACGGUCGUCGCAGAAGGCGGCGUCGAGGUGUCUCCUCUCAUCAGCUAUGGUGGCGAGGGCCUUGAGAAACUCAAGGGCUCAACCAUUACGGCUCCGGCCGUGCUUGAGCUAGAAUUAAAAGAGUAA